AAUUCCUUCAAUGGAGUUUGCAUCUUCUUCUUUAUCAUCAUCAUCUUCAUCCUUCUUAAAAUCAGAACCCCAUUUCAUACACGAUGUGUUCAUCAACUUUGGUGGAGAAGACAUCGGUAGAAGGUUUGUUUCUCAUCUCCACUCUGUCCUUUUACAAAAUCAAGUAAAAACUUUUAUUAGCCAGGAGAAUCUGCAUGAGGGAAUGAAGAAGGAAGAGCACAUGAGAGCAAUACGACGCACUAAGAUUACAAUAAUCGUUUUCUCCAAAUCAUACACCGAAUCUGCUUGCUCUAUUCUUGAGCUUGAAAAAAUCAUUGAAUGCCACGAAACAUUUGGUCAAAUAGUUCUGCCCGUAUUUUACGAGAUUGACCCAUUGGAUGUACGUCAUCAGAAGGAAGAUUUUGGAAAAGCGUUGGAAGAAACUGCACACAGAAGCUAUUUAGGAGAACAACUGCAACAUGCGCGGUCCAGGUGGAGCAGUGCACUCAAUAGAGUUGCAGGUAUGACUGGUUGGGAUGUCAGAAAUUUCAGGCAUGACGCUGAACUUGUGAAGCAAAUCGUUAGCCGCGUUCAGAUGUUACUUGAUUAUAAAGAAUUAUUUAUUACUCAAUAUACUGUUGGAUUAGAGUCCCAUGUCGAAGACGUGAUUGGAUGCAUUGAAAAUAAUUCCACCAAACUGUGUAUGAUUGGGAUAUGGGGAAUGGGAGGAUCGGGUAAAACUACCUUGGCCAAAGUGAUUUACAAUCGAAUUUAUCGUGAAUUCAUUGGUAAGAGUUUUAUUGAGAAUAUUAGUGAAGUUUACGAUCCAGAAAAUGAAAGGUAUGUUGAUUUGCAAGAAAAUCUUCUUUCUGAUGUUCUAAAAUCCAAGUACGAGGUGGAAAGCGUUAGGAUGGGAAGAACUAUGAUCGAGAAUGUGUUUUCUCGAAAAAAAUUGCUCAUUGUGCUUGAUGAUGUAACUGCGUUUGGCCAAUUAGAAAACCUAUGCGGGAGUCGUGAAUGGUUCGGUCAAGGAACUGUGAUAAUCAUUACAACUAGAAAUUAUGAACUGUUGGACCGACUCAAAGUUAAUUAUGUUCAUCUCAUCGGGCUUAUGAACGAAAAGGAUUCCCUUGAGCUUUUCCGUUGUCAUGCCUUUAGAGAAGGAAAACCAAGAAAAUACUUCAAUGAACUUGCAAGAAACGUAGCUGAUUAUUCUCGAGGACAUCCACUAGCUCUUAAUGUCCUUGGGUCAUUUUUAUGUGAUAGGACAAUGAAGGAGUGGAAAAGUGUAUUGUCGAAACUAAAAAGAACUGCUAGGUCUAUGGAUAAUCAUGUUCUAGAUGUAUUAAAAAUAAGUUUUGAAGGUUUACGUGAUACAGAAAAGGAUAUAUUUCUUGAUGUAUGUUGUUUCUUUAUUGGUAAAGAAAGAAGUUAUGUCACAGAUAUAUUAAAUGGUUGUGGAUUAGAUGCUGAUAUUGGAAUAACAAUUCUCAUAGAUUGUGGCCUCAUAAAAAUUGGAAAGAACAACACACUUGAAAUGCGUCCCUUAUUUCGAGAUAUGGGAAGAGAAAUUAUUCAGGAAAGAUGUUCAGAGGAACCGGGGAAAAUGAGUCGAUUAUGGUUUCAGGAUGAUGUAAAGGACGUACUGAAAAAGAAUACUGGGACUGAAGCUAUCCAGGGAUUGUCUCUAAAACUGCAUUCAACAAGCAGAGAUUUCUUCAAAGCUAAUGCUUUCAAGGAAAUGAAGAGAUUAAGACUUCUACAACUAUAUCAUGUACAACUUGUCGGAGAUUAUGGGUGUCUAUCUAAAGAACUGAGGUGGAUUUGCUGGAAAGGGUUUUCUUCUAAAUACAUCCCAAACAACUUUCAUAUGAAAAAUGUAAUUUCAAUUGAUUUAAGGCAUAGUCAUCUUCAACUCGUCUGGAAACAACCACUCUGGAAAAAACCCCAGGUUUUAGAGCGGUUAAAAUUCCUUAAUCUUAGUCACUCCAGAUACCUGAUAGAAACACCUGACUUUUCAGUACUACCAAGUCUUGAACAACUCAUUCUAAAAGAUUGCCCAAGUUUACUUAAGGUACACCAAUCCAUUGGUGAUCUCUCCAAUAUACUAUUGAUAAAUUUGAAGAAUUGCACAAGUCUAAGCUAUCUCCCAAGAGAGAUAUAUAAGUUGACAUCUCUAAAAACUCUCAUCCUAUCUGGUUGUUCGAAGCUUGACCCAAUAGAUAUAACACAGGUGAAAUCCUUGGUAACUAUAAUUGCUUAGAACACAACUGUGAAACAAGAGCCAAUUGAUGAAUUGUAAGCUAAAAGAAUAUCAUAUAUAAAUCCCAACGUGAAUUUGAUGGAUUGUUGGUAAAUAUUUGUUGGUAGACAG